GUAGAACUCGCGAGCUGUCAUCUUCCCGAAGUACCGUGUUUCUUGUGCGCCUGAAAAAAUAAACGUGACCAGCUCGUUCCGCAGAAUCCGCAGAUCCAUUCCGACAAAAUGUACGGUUCCCAGCAGCCCAUUCUCGUUCUGAGUCAGAACACGAAGCGCGACAGCGGCCGAAAAGUGCAGCUGGAAAACAUCAAUGCCGGCAAGACGAUUGCCGAUUUGAUCCGCACCUGUUUGGGACCGCAGGCCAUGCUGAAGAUGCUGAUGGACCCGAUGGGCGGAAUUGUGAUGACCAACGACGGAAAUGCGAUCCUGCGGGAGAUUACGGUCCAACAUCCGGCGGCGAAGAGUAUGAUUGAGAUUGCUCGCACCCAGGACGAAGAGGUGGGCGAUGGCACCACUUCGGUUAUUGUGCUGGCUGGGGAGAUGUUGGCCGUGGCCGAGCAGUUUCUGCAGCAGCAGAUUCACCCGACGGUCAUCAUCCGGGCGUACCGGGAAGCGUUGGAGGACAUGAUUAAGCUGCUGCAGGACGAUGUUAGCGUUCCGUUGGACAAGGCCGACAAGAAGAAGCUGGAGGAUGUGGUCAAGUCUUGCGUUGGGACCAAAUUCAUCGGCCGUUGGUCCGAUUUGGCGGUCAAGAUUGCGUUGGAUGCGGUGGAGACGGUCAUGUUGACGGAGAAUGGUCGCACCGAGAUCGAUAUUAAAAAGUACGCCAAGGUGGAGAAGAUUCCUGGGGGGUCGAUCGACGAGUCUUGCGUGCUGCGUGGAGUCAUGUUGAACAAGGACGUGACCCACCCGAAGAUGCGUCGUUACAUUGAGAAGCCCCGUAUCGUGCUGUUGGAUUGUCCGCUGGAGUACAAGAAGGGCGAGAGUCAGACCAACGUGGAGAUUGUCGGCGAUCAGGACUUUAGCAAGCUGCUGCAGAUUGAGGAGGAACAUGUGGCCAAGGUUUGUGCCGAUGUGAUUGCCCUCAAGCCGGACGUCGUGUUCACCGAGAAGGGUGUCUCCGAUCUGGCCCAGCACUUCCUGCUGAAGGCAGGAAUCACGGCGAUCCGCCGUCUGCGUAAAACCGACAACAACCGGCUGGCUCGUGCUUGCGGUGCCACCAUCGUCAACCGAACGGAGGAACUCACCGAGCGGGACGUCGGAACCGGUGCCGGUAUGUUCGAGAUCAAAAAGAUGGGUGACGAAUACUUCUGCUUCGUCACGGAGUGUGCCGACCCGAAAGCCUGCACCAUCCUUCUCCGUGGUGCCUCCAAGGACAUUCUCAACGAAACGGAACGUAAUCUGCAGGACGCUCUGCACGUCGCACGGAACCUCAUGCUCGAACCGCGUCUCCUCCCCGGCGGUGGCGCCGUCGAAAUGGCCAUCUCACAGGCCCUCACCAACAAGCAGAUCCAAGGUCCGUACCGUGCCGUCGCCCAGGCCCUCGAGAUCAUCCCACGCACCCUGGCCCAGAACUGCGGUGCCAACACGAUCCGCACGCUGACCGCCCUUCGAGCCAAGCAUGCCUCGCACCCGGCCGGAUCCGGCCCAUGCACCUGGGGCAUCGACGGCGAGAGUGGCCAAAUUGUCGACAUGAAGGAGCGCGGCAUAUGGGAGCCGCUGUCCGUUAAGCUGCAGGUGUACAAAACCGCCGUCGAGACGGCCAUCCUGCUGCUGCGCAUCGACGACAUCGUGUCCGGCUCGAAGAAGGCGAACGGCGACGGAACCGGUGCCGCGCCCGGACAGGCCGCCAUGGGCAUGGAAUAGAAGCUUUAGCUUUAACUCUCACUCACACACCAACAAACUCACCUAACACACACACACACACACACACGAUUAUAAUUUUUCUUCAUAGUUUGUACUAAUUUACACCCGCGCUAAUCGCAUUUUCCCCUUCUUCUUUAAUUCAUACGUUUUCAUACUUAAUAACGCACGUAUAACACGAAAAUAAAAAUGCAUCAAAAAAUAAAGCUGCACCAACUCUGUGAAACCAAGGAGCGUUACAAUAAAGAACAACGGUUGAACCGCGCAGUGCUUAAUUCCAA